GGAUCCCACACACGCUAUCCGCUAUCGUGUGCAGUAAUGUCGGAGCAACGCAGCACAGCCGGCUUCAGCCGCUCAGGUUUAUUGUGAUGUUGUAAUUGUGGACGGUUCGAAUCGCCGGUCGCGCCGCGUCGCGUUGCACGACGCUGCAGACUAUCGACAUUCCUCCUUCAUUUGAUAUAAGCCACGAUGCUGCUAGUGAAUCGUGCUAUUUUAUUAAAUUUGUUAUUCGUGUACCUUGCCGUCGGCGAUCCCGAGGAGGAGCAGGGGGUUAAAUACGCCAAUAAAUGCGAAGUGUGCAAGGUUCUAGCUACAGAACUUGAAGCUAGGCUAGACGAGACGGGAAAGGUGAACGAUGUGUUACAGAUCGGAUAUUCCGUGGACGACGUUGCGCCAAAGAAGAAGAAAGAGUACAAGAAGUCGGAGCUGCGGCUGGUAGAAUCCAUGGAGGACGUUUGCAAGCGUAUACUGGAGUACAAUAUACACAAGGAACGUACGGACAGCACGAGAUUUGCGAAAGGAAUGAGUCAGACGUUCAAGACGUUGCACGGACUUGUGGAUAAGGGAGUCAAAGUAGACCUGGGUAUUCCCUACGAACUGUGGGACAAGCCUUCCGUGGAGAUAACCACUUUAAAAACGCAGUGCGAAGAUUUGUUAGAGAAUCAUGAAGCCGACAUUGAAAACUGGUACUACAAUCAUCAGGGGGAAAUUUCUUUGAUUAGAUAUUUGUGUUCUGAGCGCGCGUUGAAGGGCCAGAAUGACUCUUGCCUGUACGAGAAAGAGACCGGGAAAGACAAGAAGCAAAAGAAAAAGAAAAAAGAGAUGGCCAGAGGGGAGACGGGUAGUAAAGAGAAUAUCAAGGACAAUUCCCAGAAUACGAAGCAAGAAUUGUGAAUAGAUUUAAUAUCGCCAGGAGUAUAAAACCGAUGAUAUGUAGUUUUUUUUCAAACGGCCUACACUGG